AUGCUGAAGGUUGUGAUGCUGAAGGUUGUGAUGCUGGUGAAGGUUGUGACGAAGGUUGUGAUGAAGGUUGUGAUGCUGACGAAGGUUGUGAUGAAGGUUGUGACGAAGGUUGUGACGCUGCUGAAGGUUGUGACGCUGACGAAGGUUGUGACGCUGAAGGUUGUGACGCUGAAGGUUGUGAGGCUGACGAAGGUUGUGAUGCUGAAGGUUGUGACGAAGGUUGUGACGAAGGUUGUGACGCUGAAGGUUGUGAUGCUGAAGGUUGUGACGCUGGUGAAGGUUGUGAUGAAGGUUGUGAUGAAGGUUGUGACGAAGGUUGUGAUGGGUGUGACGCUGGUGAAGGUUGUGACGCUGGUUGUGAUGAAGGUUGUGACGAAGGUUGUGAUGGGUGUGACGAAGGUUGUGACGCUGACGAAGGUUGUGACGCUGGUGAAGGUUGUGAUGCUGGUGAAGGUUGUGACGAAGGUUGUGAUGGGUGUGAAGGUUGUGACGCUGGUUGUGAUGGGUGUGAAGGUUGUGACGCUGGUUGUGACGCUGGUUGUGAUGGGUGUGACGCUGGUUGUGAUGCUGAAGGUUGUGACGAAGGUUGUGACGCUGGUGAAGGUUGUGACACUGGUUGUGAUGAAGGUUGUGACGAAGGUUGUGACGCUGGUUGUGAUGAUGGGUGUGAUGGGUGUGAUGCUGGUGAAGGUUGUGAUGGGUGUGAUGAAGGUUGUGACGAAGGUUGUGAUGGGUGUGACGCUGGUGAAGGUUGUGACGAAGGUUGUGACGAAGGUUGUGAUGGGUGUGACGCUGGUGAAGGUUGUGACGAAGGUUGUGAUGGGUGUGACGCUGGUGAAGGUUGUGACGAAGGUUGUGACGAAGGUUGUGAUGGGUGUGACGCUGGUGAAGGUUGUGACGCUGGUGAAGGUUGUGACGAAGGUUGUGACGGGUGUGACGCUGAUGGUUGUGACGCUGGUGAAGGUUGUGACGCUGGUGAAGGUUGUGAUGGGUGUGACGCUGACGAAGGUUGUGAAGGUUGUGACGAAGGUUGUGACGGGUGUGAAUGUUGUGACGGUUGUGACGCUGACGAAGGUUGUGAAUGUUGUGACGGGUGUGAAUGUUGUGACGCUGAUGGUUGUGACGCUGAUGAAGGCUGUGAAUGUUGUGAAUGUUGUGACGGUUGUGACGCUGAUGAAGGUUGUGAAUGUUGUGAAUGUUGUGACGCUGAUGAAGGUUGUGAAUGUUGUGAAUGUUGUGACGCUGAUGUAG